CUCGAAAAAAAGAAGCAGUCUCAAUUGUAAAGCUUCUUGCAGCGAGAGACGGGCAUCCUAGGAGGGGCAGCGCCGCCGACGCCGACGUCGACGCGUGGUUGAGCCGCCACCGCCAGGAUGCGGGGUCUAACGCGUGCGGGAAAGCGCGCCAGUGAGAUGGCCUUCAACGCCGGCGGCGGAGCCAUCAACUGGUUCCCCGGCCACAUGGCUGCCGCCUCACGCGCCAUCCGCGACCGCCUCAAGCUCGCCGACCUCGUCAUCGAGGUCCGCGACGCCCGCAUUCCGUUAUCCUCAGCAAACGAAGACCUUCAGCCGGUUCUCUCAGCUAAGAGGCGCAUCCUUGCUCUAAACAAGAAAGAUCUAGCGAAUCCCAAUAUAAUGAAUAUGUGGCUUGAUCAUUUUCAAUCAUGUAAGCAAGAUUGCAUCUCAUUAAAUGCACACAGCAGCAACUCUAUUAAUCAGCUGCUUGGGCUUGUGGAGUUGAAACUAAGGGAAGCAAUCUUGAAAGAGCCCACACUUCUUGUUAUGGUAGUUGGUGUCCCCAAUGUUGGAAAGUCUGCACUCAUUAAUUCCAUUCAUAGAAUUGCCAAUUCCAGAUUUCCAGUGAACGAUAAGAUGAAGCGGGCUAGAGUUGGACCUCUCCCUGGAGUUACACAAGACAUUGCAGGAUAUAAGAUUGCAAGCCAGCCGAGCAUCUACGUGCUUGAUACACCAGGUGUUCUAGUGCCAAGCAUUCCAGACAUGGAAACAGGUCUAAAGCUUGCUCUGACAGGAGCUGUUAAAGAUUCGGUGGUUGGAGAGGAGCGUAUAGCCAAAUAUUUAUUAUCUCUUCUUAAUAUUAGAAAAACCCCUCUACAUUGGGAGCGAUUGCUACACAGAAGAGAAGAAUUUGAUGAAGAUCCAGAUGACAGUUGUGAAAAAGGGUCUAGAGGUUCAGUGCGGAGGAGGCAGCGUUUUAACAAUUCAGAUGCCUUGUAUGUUCAGGACUUGGUGAUAGAGGUCCAGAGAACGCUGUGCAGUACAGCCAUGGAAUUCACAGGCAACCUCGAUGAAGAUAACGAGCUGGAAAGUCUAAUCGACUCACAGCUUGUUGCCCUUCGAAAGGUGUUCAGAAUACCCCACAAACCGCUUGAUGAAUCACAUGGCCCGGCCUCCAAGAAGUUAUUGACUCUUUUCAGAUCAGGGAAACUCGGCCCGUUCAUCCUCGACGACCUUCCUGACCAGCAGUGAAGGGGAUUUUGUUGUGAAGUAAUGCGAUGUGUCACAAUGUUCAGCACCACUCAUAGAUAACUAGAAGCAGACGUGUGCCUUGCUGCGCAGAUUCCCCUUGUAGGGUUUCUCCGCUUCCCGCUUAUUUGGUGGUGGGCUCUUUGCCUAUGUGGAUUGGCUGCUGUUUCUUGUUUUCCCCGUGUUCUUCU